AUGCAAUCCGUCCUCAUCCGGUCCACCCUUCGCGCAAGCACCAAGCGAUCUUUCUCUACUAUACCCUCAAUGAUGGCGGCAGGAGACGUUGGUUCCCCAAAGGCACGGGGCUUCAUGGCCGAGAAAGAUCAAUUUACCCGCCGCGAGGCCGCAAAUGAAGGAAUGUAUAUCCAUGAACUCGAGAAGGAAAAGAUUGAACUUCUACGCAAGAAAUUGAAGGAGCAAAGGAAACACAAUGAGGAACUCGAUAAGCAUUUGUAUGAAAUCUUCAUUGUUCAUGUUUUAUCGAGCAAG